AUGCUGUUGUCCAAGAUCGACUUUACGAGACCAUAUCUGUUUCACGACGAGAUCUACGUGUUACUCUUAUUACUUCCAAGUAUUUCAGGUCAAGCGCUUGGGUAUUCUUUGGACGAACUCGAAACAAAACUUUCGGAUGAGCUGAAAACUUGCCGUGCAGCGCUAUUUAAGGACACCGUCGAGGCCGUAAACAGCCGAGGUAGCGAAGGUUAUGAGCACUAUGCUUUUCCUGAAGCAGUAGUGCUGGAUGUGGCCCAACCGUGUCCUCACUCGUUGAUUGCUAAAAUCAAAUGUUCGUUCUCCGAAGUACGUUCUGCGUUUGAGAACUAUCGCAACCCUCGUUUUGUUUUGCGGCGUAAAGCGAUUGUUUUACUGGAUUAUCCGAAACCGAGACCAAUUCACAAGCCUAGUUAUGUGCGUGCUGAAGAGAGCCGAAUGGCAAGUGAAGACAGCGCUACGAGCUCUUGUGGAAUUGGAAACGCCGCUGGAGGAGGAAGCGAACCAACAGAAAGUCACAUUACUCUUUGGGAUGUGGACGAGUAUCUGUCGAUGCGUCCGUUGAGUUGCAGCAGUAUGGGGACUUCCGAUAUGGAUUCCGUCGAUUUCAUAGUGUAUUGCGGGAAGACGUCUUUGAUCCAUAAAGCCUCUUCUAAGAAUACUUUUAAGGGUAUGAUUUCAUUUGACUUGUACAUGAAGGAUCUACCACCGGCUGCCGUGCUUACAUUGUUCCCUUUCAGGAUGUCAUAUUCAAACAGAUCAAAAGAUCGUGUUCUUGGUUGGGUGAACAUUCGCUUAUUCGACUGGAGAGGUGAACUAUUACAAGGCGUGGUGACAUUAAAUUUAUGGGGCGGUGAGCCGCAGUAUCCGCCUCAUGGUCGAAUUGGAGGUAACGAUAAGAAACAAGGUUCUUGUCGUCUGGUCAUCGAGCUGGCUCGUUACCGUUCGCAACAUGUGAGGAUGCCAGAUACUAGCCAGUUUGCGCCUUUCGUGCGAUUCAUUCGCUCGAUUGAAGACGAGCACCUGCCAGAUGCUCUUCUCGUGAUUGCGGAAGCGGAAGUGACAUGGAGAAAACGUGAACACUUUACUGAGAUCUAUGUGAUGCUCGAGAGCUGGGGCCGACUAACUGUGGGAACAGCGUUCCGCAUUCUAAGCAAGAAAUGCAUGGACCCAAUCAUUCGUCGUUUUGCGGUUUCACAGUUAGACAUCAUGUUGGACAACCAAUCGUUUCCCUUGUUCAUUCUUCCAUUCAUUCAAGCGCUGAAAUGCGAGGCAUGGUCCUAUAAUCCGUUGUCGUGUUUGCUUUUGAAAAAGGCUCUCUCUGAUUAUCGCAUCGGGCACAAGUUGUUUUGGCUACUUCGAGCCGAACUAGCGAAUCUCAAAGACGCGGAUGGCAACAUAAGUGAAAUGUAUAAGCGGUUUGCUUUAAUUAUUGAAGCUUACUUGCGUGGUAAUGAUGAGCAUAUCCGAACAGUUGUGAAACAGGUGGAAAUGGUUGAUUAUUUGCAUAGAUUGAGCCUUCUUGUCAAGGGAAUCCGCGAAAAAGAUGCAGCGACAGAGCGCCUUCGUGAGGAAUUACGGAACAAUUGCCCAACCUUGGAGAAGAUUGACUCUCCUCUUGAUCCUAGUAAUGCACUGGGACACUUGAGGAUCGACAAAUGCCGAGUAUUGGGGAGCGCGAAGAUGCCUCUGUUGCUUUCUUGGCAGAAUCGAAGUCCUCUGUCAGAGCAUUACCUCCCGACCUAUGAGAUAAUUUUCAAAAAUGGGGACGAUCUGCGCCAGGAUAUGUUAGUGGUACAAAUGCUUGAAUUGAUGGAUAGCAUUUGGAAAAGAAAUCAACUCGAUUGUUGUUUGAGUACCUAUCCUGUUCUUCCUAUGGGCACCAAGUAUGGCAUGAUUGGGGUUGUUCCAAAUUGUUCAACGAUCUUCGAAAUACAAUCCGAUGGUGGAAAAGUUGGAACGGCAGUUAAAUCGUUGGAAACAACAUUCAUCAAUCGUUAUAUCAAGAAUAAUGCUGGCUCUACGAGAAAGUGUGUUUUCCUUUUGAAACUUUUUAGGUAUAUGGAGUGUGUUGACAGAUUUUUGAUGUCUUGUGUUGGUUAUUCGGUCGGAACCUUCAUUAUGGGAAUCAUGGAUCGGCACAACGACAACAUAAUGAUGACUCACGAUGGAAAAAUAUUCCAUAUUGACUUCGGACACAUUUUGGGUCAUGGAAAAACAAAGCUCGGAAUUCGACGUGAUCGUGUGCCUUUCGUUCUUACAGAGCACUUUCUGUGUGUCAUUGGUCAAGGUAGACCGGUCUCGAAGGACAGUCACGAAGUUACAAAAUUCAAAAAACUUUGCUGUGACGCAUACAUGAUGUUAUGGGAGGAACGCGAUCUAUUUCUAUCUCUGUUUGCUGUUAUGCAAUCGAUGGAGUUGCCGGAACUAUCAACUGAAGCCGAUUUAGACCACCUGAAGGUUUUAGCAUUUCAUGAUGGUAUGAUGACAGAAGCAAGAGCUUUCUUCGCAGAGAUAUUCGAUGAAGCUUUCAAUGGCUCGUGGGCAACAAAGACGAACUGGUUCUUCCACGCUGUCAAGCACAUUUGA